CAGUUUUAACCCAUUUUACAAACCCUAAUAUUAACCCUGAAAAAGCCCUACCAUUGAAGAUUUCUCAUCUGCAGCUCAUUUUACACCGCGGCGGCCGAAGACGAACCAGACGAAGCUGUUCGGAGAGAUCAAUCGAUCAUGGGUAAGGUGCACGGUUCAUUGGCUCGUGCCGGAAAGGUGAGAGGGCAGACGCCGAAGGUGGCGAAGCAGGACAAGAAGAAGAAGCCCCGAGGCCGUGCCCACAAAAGAAUGCAGUACAACCGCCGUUUCGUCACUGCUGUUGUUGGCUUUGGGAAGAAGAGGGGGCCAAACUCAUCUGAGAAGUGAAGCUGAUUUUAUAGGUGACGAAGAAGCCUUUGCAUAUUGGACUACAUGUUUUUUCUUGCGUCAUUUUGUCACUAGCUAUAUAUGCUAAAAAUGACAUUUUGGAUUUGAUUUUGAACUUAUUUAUAUCUGCCUGUGGAAUUCAAUGAGAAUUUUAUUUUUCUGAAAAGUUGGAUUCUGUGA